GCUGCCCGAGAUAGCUGCUCGCUCCGGCGCGCGCGACCCGCGACGCAACAACUGUCCUGCAUACGACGUACACGUUAAACGAUAUUGUAUUAUAUUGUAAAAAAUACGCAGGCAGUUCUAAUAAAUAUAUCGUGCCUCGACUAAGCUCGCGGAUAUCGUCACAAUUUUAGUGCGCGCAAUGCCAUAGUUCGCGUGCAGAGAGAGAGAGAGAGAGAGACAGGAGAAAUGUCAUCGGCCGCUUGUACUACUGCUGCUGUUGCUGCAGGUGCGAUUCGCGCUUGAACCGAUUAUUGUAUUGGAGAUAGCGAGGACGACACAUCCGAAGCGCCUCGCGACUCGACUUCUUUUUCCUUGUCGGUGAGGAAGUGGCGCAUCGCGGCACACGCACGCACGACGACGCGCGACGGCGAUGCAUCAGAAUCAACUCGUGCAGUCACGAUGAGCGAGUCGCCGAGGCCAACGAGCUACGAAGACGCCCGCACGAGCUGCUGCGCUAUUUUGCGGCCAGUGGCUGCAACGACUUUCACGCCGUCGAGGAAAGGAACGCGGUGACGUCGUUCCCCGAGCUCGAUUCGCAUUGUCUUGUAAACUCGCGCGUGAGAGUCGUUGCACGAAGGCAAGACAUCGACUCGCGCCCUCAACAUGGACAUGCAAAAGAAGUUUCUGUGCCCGCGGCUGGUCGAUUACUUGGCCAUCGUCGGGGCCAGACCGCCGCCUCAGCCACCGGCUAGGCAAUCCAUACAGGUACCCGAGCUACUGCGCAGAUAUCCAGUUGACGAUCACAAGGAUUUCCCGCUGCCGCUUGACAUGGUGUACUUUUGCCAGCCCGAGGGCUGCAGCAGCGUCGGCCCCAAGCGCACGGCUCUGCGCGACUCCAAUUCGUUUACCUUCACGCUCACCGACAAGGACUCGGGUAAAACUCGUUACGGCGUGUGCGUGAACUUUUAUCGACCGGUCGAGCGAGCCGGAGCCAACGGGACAACGUCGCAAGCUUCGGCUGCGGCUGCGGCUGGGUCUGCUGGUGGUGCUGCCGCCGCUGCUGCUGCUGCUGCUGGCAAUGGAACAUCGGCGCAGCCCGGGAUUGGCUUUCGCGCCAAGCAAAACACGAAUUUCCGCAGAGAGAGCUGGAGAAAGAGCAUGGAGAAGAGCUCGGACUCGGCAUUUUCCAGUGACUAUCGAAGCAGCGUCCUGGGCCCGAGCGACUCGGAGAAGGAACCAGCCAGCAGCGCCGGAAGUCGUCCCUCGGAUUCGGAUCAACAUCAUCAACAUCAGCAGCAGCAACAGCCACAACAGCUCACGGCUCAACACCCGCCGCGUCUGGGCGUAACGGCUCCUUCGGCCGACAGCGAGAGCGGCGGCAGCCAUUCACCCUCGCCCCGUGCCUCGCGACGACGACAGCGAAUACGCAAUCACUCGCUCACCUCGCUCUGCAUCAUCUCGCAUCAUCCGUUCUUCUCGACGUUCCGCGAGUGCCUGUACGUGCUGAAGCGACUGAUCGACGCCUGCAACGAGUCGGCCCUGCCCCAGCGCUGCGGAGGCUCGCGCCAGCAGUACCGCGACACGAAUGUCUGGACGGUGCUCUCGGGCCAGUCGUUCGAGGGCGCCUCGUCCAUAGUGCUGCACGACGUGCGCGAGAUCGAGACCUGGAUCCUGCGGCUGCUGAGCGCCCCGGUGCCCGUGCCCACGAGGACCCGCGUCGAGAUCGAGAUACUGUCGCCGCAGCUCCAGCCCCCGCUCUGCUUCGCUCUGCCGGAUCACACGCGCUUCAGCCUCGUCGAUUUUCCGCUGCAUCUGCCGCUCGAGCUGCUCGGCGUCGAUAUCUGCCUCAAGGUCCUCACCCUCAUUCUGCUCGAGCACAAGGUACUGCUGCAAUCUCGCGACUACAACGCACUGUCCAUGUCGGUGAUGGCCUUCGUCACGAUGAUCUAUCCCCUGGAGUACAUGUUCCCGGCGAUACCGCUGCUGCCCACGUGCAUGAGCUGCGCCGAGCAGCUGCUGCUGGCCCCGACGCCCUUCGUCAUCGGCAUACCCGCCUCCUUUCUCAUGUUCAAGAAGAACUUCCGCAUGCCCGACGACAUCUGGCUGGUCGAUCUCGACAGCAACAGGAUCACGCCGCCGAGCGGCCUGGGCGACUGUCUGCCGCCCCUGCCCGAACCCGAGGGCUCCAUACUGAAGAAUCAUUUGGCGCAGGCAAUGCAACUAAUGGAUCAAGCCGGCACUGGUGCCAUGGGAAGUAUGUCAAUACCGCAGCCUCAUCUGAUGACGCCCCAGAAUGCGGCUCAGCAGCAGCUUCACUCACCCCAGAGUCGCAGGGAGAGCAGCGCGUCGCACCAUUCGACUCUGAGCGUAUCGUCGGCCAAGCAUCGACCGAGCUUGGACCACUCAGCCAUGAGCCCGGUGAACUCGUCGGGCCAGACGUCGCCCCGUCGACCAUCGUUGGCCAUAUCGCACGUGAGCUCCACGGCUUCGUCGCAGCGUCUACUAGCCUCGCCGUCGACGACCCAUCACCACGCGACGAACAACAACGGCUCGAUGAUGAGCGGCCAGGGUGGCGCUGCCGGUGGUCAGGCUGGCGGCGGUGGUCCCUCCAAUCCCUUCAUCUACGGAAACGACGUCGACUCUGUGGACGUGGCUACGCGCGUCGCCAUGGUGCGCUUCUUCAACUCGCAAAAUCUCCUGGCCAAUUUCACCGAGCACACGCGCACCCUGCGACUGUAUCCCCGGCCCGUGGUGGCCUUCCAGAUCAACUCGUUUCUGCGCUCGCGGCCGCGCGCCAGCCAGUUCCUGGAUCGGUUCGCGCGCACCCAGGCCGUCGAGUUCCUGGCCGAGUGGUCGCUCACCCCGAGCAACGUCGCCUUUCUCCGGGUGCAGACGGGCGUCUGCGAUCCCGCGCAGAUCGGCGACAAGGCCAAGUGGUUCGCCAGCGAGCUCGAGCCCAUACAGUUCCCGAUCUGGAACGGCGGCAACGGCCUGUCCAACGCCCUGAAGGCGAUGCGCGAACACGAGAGCCAGCCCACGGACGAGAGCGGCAGCGACUCGGACGCGGCCGAGAGCACGAGCUCGUCCUACUCGUCGCUCAGCGACUUCGUCUCCGAGAUGGCGAGCUCCGACAUGUCGCACAGCUCGAAAGUAAAUCCGCCGCAGAUGCACCUGUCCAUCGAUCCCAAGAGCAUCUACAAUCCGCCGAGCUCGCUGCAGUAUCCGGGCGCCGAGGAGGAGACGAACGAGCGACCCGAGAGCCCGGCGAGCAGCUCAUCGAGCCACAGCGACCUCAGCAGUCCGAGCAUCAAUCGCGACUCCGAGGUCGAGAUCGCGGCCAAAGCCAAGGAGGAAAAGGAGUCGGAAAAGACGCCGCCCAAGAGCGACAAUGUACCACCGAUCAGUCCGACGGGUCUGCAGCGCCAGCCGAGCGUCGGCAACGUUCUGGCGCGCGCGGGCAGCUUCAGCGCCGGCUCGGGCUCGGGAUCGCCGACCGUGGUCAGCAAUCCUCUGCUGCAGCGCCAGGCGACGAGCACCAGCUCCGACGGAUCCGGCACAGCUUCCGCCGCUGCGACUGGAUCGCACAGUCUACCCAGGCAGGGCAGUCUGCAGCACAGGCAGCAGCUGCAGCAGGUCGCGCGCCAGAGUAGCGCCGGCAGUAACGGCGGCGUCCUCAGGCAGGGCUCGCAGGGCUCGAUCUUCGAGCAGAUCGCUAGCCAGGCCAAGGAUUUAGUUAGAGAGACUACGAGGCAGAGCAGCCAAGACGGCAUACUCGCUCAUAUGGACAAGCUCAAGCACCAAGCCAAGGAAAAAAUAACCGAGGCCGGCGAGGAUGGCCUCUUCGCCCCACUCGAGCAGCUCACUCAGCAAACGAAAAAAGCCAUGGGCGAGGCGAGCAAGUCCAUGCAGGAAGCAUCCAAAACAGCCCUCGAGGCCAGCAAGACGGCCGCCGGAGUCAGCAGGAAUACUCUGGACGAUCUCACGUACGUCGGCAAGAGCACCCUCGGCGACUUGACCAAGAGCGCCAAGGAAGCCGCGGCGAAAAAAGGAUUGAUCAAGAGCCUCGGCGAUUCGCAAGACUCGCCACCGCAGUCGCCGCCGAGCUCCGUGGUGUCGAGGCGCGAGUCCUCGGGCUCUCAGCUCGCCACCACCGACCCGGCCCGGGCGGGUCGUCGCGAGCUCGGCCGCGACUUCUUCAGCAAUAUCGGUAGCGACUUGAACGGCAUCGCCGAGUCCACCAGCAGCAUGUUCAGCGGCCUGUUCGGCUCCAAGAGCUCGAUCCAGCAGAAGGGCAAGGAGACGAAGAAUCAGCUGUUCGGCAAGAACAGCAAAGCCGCCGCCAACAGCAGCAACAACAACGUCGAGCGCUCGUCCCUGAUCAAGCACACGUCGGCCAAGAAUCAGGAGGAGCUGAGGCGACGCGAGAACGCCGAGAGGACCAACACCAACACGGACAAUCAGGCCUUCUUGACCGACGUGAUCAAUCAGGUGAUGGUUGGCGAGGGCGUCGGCUGGCUCAAGCUCAACCGGCUCAAGAAAUUGAUGGAGGACGAGAGCUAUCGCGACUUCAUGGUCACGAAGCUGAACAAGGGCCUGAACCGCAAGAUCAGUCCGGACGAUCACAUCGACGACGUGUGCAUCAGCAAGCCCGUGUACAAGGGCAUGCUCAAGUGUCUGCAGGCGAUAGCCCAGGGCUUCGCCGUGACCUACGGCAACUUCGGCCUCGGCGGCAUGGCCUCGGUCUUCCAGAUGAUGGAGAUCGCCCACACGCACUACUGGAGCAAGGACCUGUCGGAGAGCGGCUUCGACAGCUCGCUCAUGUCCCAGGCCUCGAGCCCCUACGGCAGUCGCGAGAAUCUGGCCGCCAUGUCGUCGUCGUCGCCCCAGUCGCCGAAUCACGCCGCGCAAAGGAGUCACCACCAUCACCAACAGCAGCAGCAACAUCAUCAGGGCGCGGAGCAGCAACAGCAGCAGCAGCAGCCGCCGCAGUUGAGGCUCGAGAGGCCGCAGUCCCAGGCGAGCAGCGAUGAGAAUCAAUCGACCACCGACAUGUUUCUCGACAUGUUCAAUAUGAAGAAUAAGAAGUUUCGCCUGACCAAACUCACAUCGUCGGACGAGAAGGGUAGUAACGACGCAUUGUCAACCGACGGCAGCAUAACGACCAAUCCAGCUUUCCGUGGACCCCAUCAGGCCUCUUUCCGGAGUACCGUGUCCGAUAGCGAGGUCGAGCAAGGCAACUUUCCGCAUCAGGCCAAGCAGCGCUCGGGCAGCGUCUGGUCGACCAGUCGCUCCUCGCUCAGCAAGUUCGGCGGCGCCGCGGGCCAGGUCUUCAUACCGAGCGCCACCAGUCCGAGCCCCGAGACGGCGCGCACCUACCUGUUCGAGGGACUGCUGGGCAAGGAGCGCACCAAUCUCUGGGACCAGAUGCAGUUCUGGGAGGACGCCUUCCUCGACGCCGUGUCGCAGGAGCGCGACAUGAUCGGCAUGGAUCAGGGCCCGAGCGAGAUGAUGGAGCGCUACAAGAGCCUGAGCGACAGCGAGCGACGCCGCCUGGAGCACGACGAGGACAGGCUGCUCUGCACCCUGCUGCACAAUCUCACCGCGAUACUGGUGAUGCUGAACGUGGAGAAGAAGGAUAUCAGGCAAAAGGUGCGCCGUCUGCUGGGCAAGAGCCACAUAGGUCUCAUCUACAGCCAGGAGCUGAAUCAGCUGCUAGAUCAAGUCAAAGAUUUGAAUGGCAACGACAUCGACUUGAAGCCGCUCACGUCGCGCCAGAUGCAUCGGCAGUCGUUCACCGUGCACUCGGGCACCAACGCCGAGGGCGAUCUGCGCUUCCUCGAGGUGCGCCACGACGGCCUAGUGCUGCGUGCCGUCAACGGGGUGAUCGUCGAGCGCUGGUGGUACGAGAGGCUCGUCAACAUGACCUACAGUCCGCAGACCAAGGUGCUCUGCCUGUGGCGACGCAACGGCGGUCAGACUCAGCUGCACAAAUACUACACGAAGAAGUGCAAAGAUCUGUAUUACUGUAUAAAAGACGCGAUGGAGAAAGCCGCGGCUCGCGGCCGAGGUGCCAACAUGGACGCCGAGCUCGGCGGCGAGUUCCCCGUUCAGGACCUGGUCACGAAUCAGGGUGGCCUCCUGCAGGUCUGCAUGGAGGGCAUCGGCCUGCUCUUCGCCAACAGCAAGGAUUUCGAGUUUUUCGUAAGACUCGAGCAUAUCCGCAAGUGCUUUACUCAGGAGGGUGGAAUCUUCGUUUUGGAAGAAUUCAAUCCUAAAACUAGACAAAUAAUUCAACGUAAAUAUAAGUCCCAAAUGGCGGAUCAGAUCUGCUACUCCGUGCUCUGUCUGUUCUCGUACGUGGCCACGGGCUCGGAGUACACGAAAAAGCAGAGCCAAACGUCGAGUCCUCGGCCCUCGUCGGCCGGCCUUGGCAGUCAACAUCAGUCCCCGCAACAGCAGCAGCAGCGUAGAAGCUCCCAGGCCGAGGCUUAUCCGCGACACCACUGACGAAGAGGCAGGUACUCUUUGCCGCUGGUGCAGACUUACGCUUGUAUGCCUUGGGCGUGAUGAUCGUUCGCUAAUGGCGAAGAAUGAAUUAACGAAUGAACGUGAAAAAAUUAAAGAAAAAAGAAAAAAAUAUGUAUCAACGGGUGCAGCUAUCAAAUCCAUGUAAGCGGCACCCACAAACUAAUCAUCUCCGUCAUAUCUCUCAUAUGUACCUAUCAUGAUAAUGUGUAGUUUAUGAAUAUGAAAAAAAAAAAUAUACAUAUAGGUAUAUGAAUAUACGUUUUUCACGCUGCAUACUUACUGUCAUAAACAAUUUUAAAGACAUAUGUGUGAUUUUUGUUUUUCAAAGUGUUCGUAUGAAUAUUGUCUCGUUGUUAUAUAGUCAAAAAAUUGUGUGACUACUAUAAACGUAAAUAGUUCAGAUUUUGUAUAGUUACCGAAAAAAAGUUGUAAAAAACGAAUUUUUUAUGUGAUGUUUGAAGUUCAAAUAAAAGUAGACGAAUUAUAUUAUCUGUUUAAUCCAAGUUAUGGUGUUUUGUCGUAAAUAUAUAUAUAUUGGAUUGAAUGUUAUGUUUAUAGAACAGAUCACUUUUAGUCGCAUUUAUGGAUCAUUGAUAUAAUAGUUCUAGCUGUUGACAAAAAAGUUUACGUAUAUAUAAUUAUUAUCAAGAGGUGCAAAUUUUAAAUGAAUUUCAUAGAUAUUUGUUUUAACUAGAUGAUCUCAAAAAGAGAGUAAUUUUAAUUAAGAAUUUCUUUACACAAAAUCGUUCGAUGUGCACAAUAUAUAUACUAAGUAUUUAUUUUAUCAAGUUAUUUGAAACUACGACGAAUGUAUGAGCAAAUAUGAUUGGAAUACACGUAUACAAGCAUAAUAUUGCAAAGAGCUAAUAAUAAAAGUAUCGCUGGAAAAAUUAAUACAUUCUAAUAAUACGACUUUACUGUCUACUUUUUCGAAAAAUCAACGAGCAAAUGAAACAUGGGCGCGUAAUUUCAGAAAAAAUCAACACACCUUUAUCGGAAGACAAACCGGUGCAUUUCUAAAAGUAUGUUAUUAAAUAUAAUCGAUAAUAACCAAUGUCAUCUGUUCGGCGAUCGAAGUUUUUUGGGAAUUUACAAAACAAAGCAAUACUGUUCUUAUUGAUCUAGCUUUACGUGUUGUAGAUAAAAAUUAAACUGCUGUGGAAAAUUAAUACCUCAUAGCAAUCUUACGAAUUCGAUAAUAAUUAUUGAAAAAAAAUAAUAUUAAAAAUGUGUAAACGUGUAAAGCGUAAAAAAAAAUUACAGGCAGUUUUAAUAAAAAUAAAAAGACCCGACCGUCGUAUUCAAUACGAUACGAAUUAACUUGUACUACGUUUAAGAAAGCAAAUCUAUAUAUUUUUGCGGUGAAAUCAAUUUCACGCACGAGCAAAAAGAUUAGUCGAUACAAAAUAAAUAGAAACAUUUUCUCACCGAACACACGUUACGAUCAUUACAACUCGUCGAUGAAAUGUAUUAUUAUUAAAAAAAUUCGAAUCGCCUAAAAUAUCAUACGCAUUUUUCACUGGUACUUUAACGUAAAUCGGCUGUAUUCGUUCUAUAUGAAUCAAGCGAGUAAAGGACGAUUGAAAUAUCACUUUCUAAAGCUUAUAUAGAGAUGAGAUGUAAAAGGAUUUGAGUCGAGCCCUCGUCGAUCAGCGUGCGUGCGUAUUAUUAUUUUGAGCUUGUGGAUACGCGUGUGUAAAUAUGUAUAUUUUCGCAAAGUGUGACGUACUCAAAUGUUCCGUUGUGCGUGGAAUGGAAAUAAUUUUUCAUUGUCUUAUGAAUUGCGCAUAAAAAUGACACUCAUAUCGCCUCAAACGAGAGACCAAGAAUCCUAGUGUAUAUGAUACAUUUCACUGUCUUGCAUCAUUAUCAUGAAGAAGUUACAAAUAAGAAUAAAGAUAAAUUAUUAAAAAAAAA